UUCUCUUCAUAAGAAAGGACAAAGCAAGGGACUAGAUCAAUGUCACAUGGACCACAACGCAAGCUCAUUUAUUGCAUUAUACAACUGGUAGUUAUAGGUUUUACUUCCGUUGUCGUUUACCCAAAGUUGAGAAUUAAUGCAAAGGGUGAAGAAGAAAAAAAAAAGAAAUAUUCUGGCACUUAAAAAGUGUAGAAACAGAUGAUUUUAUGAAUUGAUCCACUGCAUUUUAUGUGUCAGUUAUUAUAAUAGCUGCUGUUCAUCCAUUGAUAGUGUAUGAAUUAUGUCAUCUAGAUGUUAACUAUUUGAUUUUUGUUGGCACCUUAGGAUGGUCCCCAGGCAGGACAGACUGCCCCCCAUGUUCAUAUCCAUAUCCUUCCAAGAAAAAAGUGGUGACUUUGAGAAAAGUGAUGAUAUUUAUGAUGCUAUUGAUGAGAAAGAGAAGGAACUAAAGCAGAAACUCGACUUGGACAAGGAAAGAAAGGACAGAACCCUUGAGGAGAUGGCUGAAGAAGCAGAUGAAUACAGAAGGCUACUAAGAUGAUCUCUCCAUGUUGUUUCCUACAUGAUUGGAUGAUUGUAUUGACCUACGAAGAUGCAGUUUAUGCAUUACCAGUAUAUGGCUUACUUCAUUCAUUAUUAUGAAACGAAGACGACAUUUUUUUUUGGUUUGGAACCAGUUCUGUUUUUUUUAAUGAAAGAUUUUUUUGGUUGAAUGAAGUAACGAGGGUAGGUAAUUGAAUAGAGAUGACAUUUUCUUUCAGCUUUUGCUUUGUGUUUUGCCAAUUUUUGUACACCUUGUUGCCAAUCUUCAGUGGCCUUGAUUUUCCCAAAGCCAUGCCGAUUUCGCACAAGACGGGUCCUUUGAACUAGCAGUGAAUGUUAAAAUGAAAUUUUUAGUAAUGUUGGAUCCACAGGAGCUUUAUGUUCUUGAAACUUAUUUCUCACAGCAAAGAAAUCCAUUGUUAAAUGAUUCUUUCCUUCUGAUCUAGCAAUCAAAUGUAUCUAACAUAAAGCUCGAAUGAUGCUGCAGCACCGUUUGACCAAGUAUGGGGAGGAUCGUUUUAUUCAAAGUAUUUAAUUUCCAUUACAGGGAUUUAACAUUUCUUUGUAUGGGGAUGUAGUACCUAAACCACAAAGAAAAUAACACCAGCAAAAUUUGAAGCUUUGAAAAUGUGGCACAAUGAUGGUCUCUCUCUUGAGAAAAUUGUUGCUAGUGUUAGUUAAUGAUUACUUGCACCUUAUCUGCUUAAUAUUAAUGCUUAUUUGUUAUUUGUUUAAUCCUUUUUUUUUGUUCCCCCUCUUUAAUGUUUUGUAGAAUUUCCCUCGUAGAUCAGUGCGAGUAAAAGAAGAAACUAUUCUCAGAUAUAUCAUUGAUGCUGCCAAAGAGGGAUGUGUAAUUGAUUAGUUCUGAAGACAAGUUCAAGCCUAUCAAAAAUGAGUUACCAGAAGAGUAAACACCAAAACAUUAACGCAGCAGGAAGAUGAAAACUCCCUUGCAGUGGAGGCAACAGAGAGUUCAACAUUAAACUGGCUUAUGAACAACAACAACAGAUAAGCACUUAGCAGCAAAUUACUACCGCGCUAAUCAGGAGGCCAUUGGAACCUUGUUGCGCCAUCCGGCCGAGGAACAAGAGUCAUCGAAACUCCUCGGCUUCGAACAGACCUACCACUACACUGCACCACGCAAGAGCCGGGUUACCUACUUUCUAUGUGUGCCAUCCCCAGAACCAGAUCCAAACCUACCACCGAUCAGACUUGUUCCUCUCACCGCCGAGCAAGAAAUGGCAAAGAUCCGGGUAAUCAAGUCCAUGAUCACCGGAGAGGAAGGCGGGUCCCAACCACUACAAGCAACCGGGGGAACAUCCUCCACCCCAGCUGGGCAAAUAGAAGGAGCUGUGCUGGCAUUGGCCAGCGAGCAGGCGGCUGGCCGGUCAAAGAAAAGGCAGAGGAAGGACCGAUCAGGCCAACAAUUGGUUGAUGAAGACUCGGCCGAACACGCCUCAACCGAGCUGGGUGAUCAGACCGAUCAACGACUACCAGGGCCAUCCCAGAGCCCAGCUACCCCCUCGGUCUGGGCACCCGAAUACAAAUACCAGGGCCGGGCUAUCACUGCCGCCGACUCGGUCUACGCCAACAAGGACCACUCGCUUGGUUUUAACAUGACCAAGGGGUUGAUCUUGCCUGCUGACAUGAAAAAGCAUGACGAGCUUUCCGACCUAAAGGUCCUUCGCUCAGCGGCAAAAUCCAUAGUUUUGGCCGCGCAGAAGAACUAUCUCGCCCACGAGCGCAUGAUCGCCGUGCGGCAGAGUCUGCGCGACGCCAUUGCGGAGAACAAGGCCCAAAAGGCCGAGAUAGCCAAACUCAAGGCCGCGCAAGAGGCAAUUGCGGCGAAGCGAGAUAUCCUGAGUCAAAAAGUUGACCGAGCUGACGCGAACAAACAACGGGCCGUGAAGUCGUCAAAGGCCAGGUACCUCGCCGAGCUAAGGAAACUGCGCGAUGCGCUCAAGGCAGAGAAAGACAAGGCUGUGGAUGACGCCGAGGACAGGGGCUACAGGCUCUUGUAACAUAGGUCCCUUGUGCUGGAGGACUCUAAACUUGAGCAGCACCCAAGUGUUAAAGGGCUACGGGCUCUUGUAACAUAGGUCCCUUGUGCUGGAGGACUCUAAAC